CUCUCUCUCUCUCUCUUUGUUUAAGCUUUUCAAAUUUGCAGAGUUCGAGAGACGAUCGGCCAUGGCGGUUUCCUCUGCUAAAUGCUUUAUCGUAGCCCGUGUUCCUUCUAAUACUUACUCACCUUCUACUCGAUCUUCGUUUCUUCCUCUAUUCAAGCCUUCCUCCUCUGUUUCCUUAAAGGCUUCGUCUUCUCGAUCUCGAUAUACGGCUCUUGGCGUCAGAAAUGCACUGGAAACCCUAGAAUCUAAGGGGAUCUCCGAGUCCAAAGGUGGAAGCUUGAAAGAUCCGUCGUUGGGAACGAAACCGACUAUCCUUGUCUCCGAGAAGCUCGGAGAUGCCGGAUUGGAGCUACUCCGGAGUUUCGGGAACGUUGAUUGCUCGUAUAAAUUGUCGGCCGAGGAGCUAUGUUCCAAGAUCUCGCUUUGUGAUGCUUUGAUCGUAAGGAGUGGGACUAAAGUGACGAGAGAAGUGUUUGAGGCUGCUAAAGGUAGAUUGAAAGUCGUUGGGAGAGCUGGUGUUGGGAUCGACAACGUGGAUCUGCAGGCGGCUACGGAGUUUGGUUGUCUUGUGGUAAAUGCUCCUACGGCGAACACUGUCGCUGCUGCAGAGCAUGGCAUCGCUCUGCUUUCUGCCAUGGCGAGAAAUGUCGCUCAGUCCGAUGCCUCCAUGAAAGCUGGAAAAUGGGAACGGAACAAGUAUGUUGGUGUAUCUCUGGUUGGAAAGACAUUGGCUGUUAUGGGUUUUGGAAAAGUUGGAUCUGAAGUUGCUAGACGAGCGAAAGGCCUUGGGAUGAAUGUUAUUUCACAUGAUCCAUAUGCCCCGGCAGAUAGAGCCCGUGCUAUUGGCGUGGAUCUGGUAUCUUUUGAUGAAGCUAUUACUACUGCAGAUUUUAUAUCUCUGCAUAUGCCACUCACUCCUACUACUACAAAGCUCUUCAAUGAUGAAAACUUUUCAAAGAUGAAGAAGGGAGUCCGCAUCAUUAAUGUAGCUAGAGGUGGAGUUAUUGAUGAAGAUGCACUUGUGAGAGCACUCGAUAGUGGAGUUGUUGCCCAGGCAGCACUUGAUGUGUUCACAGAGGAGCCCCCUCCCAAAGAUAGCAAGUUGGUGCAACAUGAGAAUGUCACAGUCACACCUCACCUUGGAGCUAGCACAAAAGAAGCUCAGGAAGGGGUAGCCAUUGAAAUAGCUGAGGCUGUAGUUGGAGCAUUGAAAGGGGAACUUUCUGCAACUGCAGUGAAUGCUCCCAUGGUCCCUCCAGAGGUUCUGUCCGAGCUGUCCCCAUAUGUUGUGCUGGCAGAGAAGCUCGGUAGGAUGGCUGUACAGUUAGUCGCAGGAGGUGCUGGCAUCAAAUUUGCCAAAGUGGUAUACAGAUCAGCUCGAGAUCCAGAUGACCUGGACACGAGACUACUUCGAGCAAUGAUCACCAAAGGCAUCAUUGAACCAAUAUCUAGCACUUUUGUCAACCUGGUCAAUGCUGACUUCACGGCCAAGCAAAAGGGCCUCCGGAUCAGUGAAGAGCGGGUGGUGGUUGAUGCAUCCCCUGAUUGCCCUAUUGACUCAAUUGAACUUCAUUUAUCCAAUGUCCAGUCUAAAUUUGCUAGUGCUCUCCUGGAUAAUGGUGAGAUAACAGUAGAGGGGAGGGUGAAGGGAGGAAUACCACACCUGACACGCAUUGGGUCAUUCAGCGUUGAUGUGAGUCUUGAGGGAAACCUCAUACUCUGCAAGCAAGUGGACCAACCUGGCAUGAUUGGACUGGUCGGAAACAUCCUAGGUGAGAAGAAUGUCAAUGUGAACUUCAUGAGUGUAUGUAGAACCGCACCACGGAAGAUGGCCAUCAUGGCAAUAGGUGUAGAUGAGGAACCUGAUAAGGAGACCCUCAAAAAGAUUGGAGAAAUACAUGCCAUUGAAGAGUUUGUUUUCCUCACACUAUAG